AGCUAUGAAGAAGGACAUCCCUCACACUCUGAAACAGAUCUCCUUCAGAGACAGAGUUUUGCAGCCUCUCACCAGCUUCCUGGAUAUGCUCCCACACCUCAACCUACUGGUGUUUCUGGAAUAUUUGAUACUAGUGUAAACAGUGCCAGCAGUAACACUAAAGAGUCUUCAGUGAUGAAUUUUCUGUCUACUGCUGAAUCUCGAACUGCUCAGGCUGCUGCUUCAGGAACUACUCUUUUACCACAAUUCAGGGCUCCAUCCUGGCAAACAGGCAUGCAUUCCUCAGCAGCAACUGAGCUGUUUGCUACUGGACCUUUGCCAAGCACUGGAACACUUCUACCAUCUGCUCUCUCUGCUUACCAGCAUCCUACCACCUUCGGCAAUAGAAACUUUGCCACCACCUCACCUUUGGUGCUUCAGGAUUCAACUUUUAACACUACAUCAAAUGGAAUUUUAAGUCAUCAUGACCCUUUGCUACAAAUCAAGACUUCCCAGGGAACUGUUCCAACUGCUUUGGCAUUUGAGCGCCUGGGCAGUUCUGCAUUAAGUAACAGCAUACCACCUCAGUCUUCAACAUACCGCUCAGCUCAAGAGUCUGCACCCCAUCUUUUACAACCUCAAUUUAGUUUGUUGCCUUCAGCACUUGGGGGAGCCCAGCAGACUCCUCAAGCCUACAGUUCAACUCUCUUUACUAGUUCUACUGCUUCCAUUGAAAGAGCUCUUCUUCGAGAAUGUAGUGUUAUUAAACACCAUCAGCGGCCUUCAGGUACCCAGUCUAUUCAGGCACAACUGACUGGUUCACAGCACUCCUUACAUAGUUAUCUAUCAAAUUCAAGUGUAGCUAAUUUUCAGGAAACAACCAGGCAGUCAUCUUUAUCCUGUAGCCCAAUUGGAGAUUCCACUCAGGUGAGCAAUGGAGGAUUGCAACAGAAGGCCUCCCAGGUCUCAGUGGAACUUGCUCAGUCUUAUUCAUCUGCAAUUCCAUCAUCAGGGUAUCCUACUACAAAAGUAAAAAGCUGUUCUACAGAACAACCACUAACAUCAACCAAGACCCCUAAACCUCAAAGUAUAAUUCCUCCUGUCCAAACACUAAGCUAUUCCAAACCUUUACAUAACCAGAGUUCUGUAGUAUCGGGCCAAGCACAAAUUUAUUCUACAGCGCAGCUACCAAGCCUUUUAUCAGUUAGUCAGUCCCAAAAUUACGGUUUAGUGCAGCCACAUAAUGUGCCAUCUAUUGUUCAUUCACAGGUUUAUAGGUCCAGCAAGGUUGAGAAAUUGCCACCCUUGUAUAAAACACUGACUUUUUCGGGGUCAUCUCAGACUAUAACUUCUGAAAAUCAGACACUUAGUUAUUCAUCUAAUCAGCAAGAGGUAUUGUCUUCGGUUACAAAUGAAAAUUACCCUGCUCAAACAAGAGAUCUAUCCUCAGUCAGUCAGUCUCAAAGUUACUCAUCUGGUCACUCUCAGGGUUUAUCACCAGUUAGCCAGACACAGGUUAGCUAUUCAUCUCAAUCACAAGUUUUAUCAGUUGUUAGUCCUUCAGAAAGCUAUGCUUCAGGGGAGUCCCUAACAUUAACAGCCCCUUCUCUUUCUUAUUCUUCUGCCUCUCGGGCUCAGAAUUUGCCAGACUCUAGUACAAGCCAGAAUUAUAUUUCUAUGCAUUCUUCCCAAAAUGUUCAGACUCAAGAGUCAUCAUCUCCCCAGUCCCAGAAGUUUUUGCCUGCUGUCCAGUCAUCAUCUUUUGCAUCAUCUACUCAUUGUCAGACAUUACAAAAUAACAUACCUUCCCCUGACCCAAAAUCUUAUACUGAAAGAAAGCUUGACUCAGAUGUGUAUACAUCUUCAAAGCAAGAAGAUGGUUUUCCAAUGCAAGAGUUACAGGUAUUGCAGCCACAAGCAUCUCUUGAGUCAUCAACCCAAAGGCUAUCUGAUGGGGAAAUUAAUGCUCAAGAAUCAACUUACAAGGUGUCAAAGGCAGAUGACAGAUAUUCUCAGAGUGUAAUCAGAAGUAAUUCCCGUCUUGAAGAUCAAGUUAUUGGGGUUGCUCUACAAGCAUCAAAAAAAGAAGAAAGUGUUGUUGGUUCAGUGACACAACUUAACCAACAAAUUGGCCAAGUCAAUAAUGCAGCUACCCUUGAUCUUAAGAAGGCAACUAAUUUAAUACAGACUCCACAAAUAAGGUUGAAUACUAAAGACCUAAAGCACCAGCAUCCUCUUGUACUUAAGGUGCAUGAGUCCAAGGUCCAGGAACAGCAUGAUCAAAUAAUUAAUGCUUCGUCUCAGAUUCAAAUUCCAAAUCAUGCUUUAGGGCAUGGCCAUCAGGCAUCUCUUCCUAAUACACAGGUCCUUCUAGAUUCUGCAUGCGAUUUACAAAUUCUUCAGCAGUCAAUACUGCAGGCAGGUUUAGGUCAAGUAAAGGCAUCUUUACAAGCACAGCGUGUUCAAAGCCCUCAACAAAUAGUACAUCCUUUCCUUCAGAUGGAAGGUCAUGUUAUUCAAAGCAAUGGCGAUCAUUCUCAGCAGCAACUCCAUCCUCAAAAUUCUGAAGUUAUGAAAAUGGACCUCUCUGAGUCUUCAAAACCAUUACAACAACAUCUAACAACAAAGGACCAUUUUAGUGAAACAAAUCAACAUGAUUCAAAGAAUCAGUUUGUUUCUCUUGGAUCAAUGUGUUUUCCAGAGGCAAUGCUUCUCAGUGAUGAAAGAAAUAUUUUAUCAAAUGUAGAUGAUAUCUUAGCAGCUACAGCAGCAGCUUGUGGGGUUACACCUUCUGAUUUUUCCAAGUCAACUUCAAAUGAAACCAUGCAGGCUGUUGAAGAUGGUGAUUCUAAAUCUCAUUUUCAGCAUUCAUUAGAUGUCAGGCAUGUGACUUCAGAUUUUAACUCUGUAACAGCUACAGUAGGAAAGUCACAGAAUAUAAAUGAUAUUUCCUUAAAUGGAAAUCAGGUUACUGUGAACCUUUCACCAGUACCUGCCCUUCAGUCAAAAAUGACUCUUGAUCAACAGCACAUUGAAACACCUGGUCAAAAUAUACCAACUAAAGUAACUUCAGCAGUGGUUGGACCAAGUCGUGAAGUCCAGGAGCAAAGUUCUGGCCCAUUCAAGAAACAGUCUGCUACCAAUCAUGAAUCUGAAGAAGACAGCGAAGUUCCUGUUGAUAGUACAUUAAAUAAUAACCGAAACCAAGAGUUUGUUUCUAGCAGUAGAAGUAUAAGUGGAGAGAGUGCGACAUCAGAGAGUGAAUUUACUUUAGCGGGUGAUGACAGUGGUGUAUCAGUGAACCCAGCUAGGAGUGCACUUGCGCUGUUGGCCAUGGCCCAAUCUGGGGAUGCAAUCAGUGUCAAGACUGAAGAAGAAAACCAAGAUUUAAUGCAUUUUAACCUUCAAAAGAAAAGAGCUAAAGGAAAAGGGCAAGUUAAAGAGGAAGACCACAGUAAUCAGAAACAGCUGAAAAGACCUGCCCAAGGCAAACGCCAGAAUCCAAGGGGAACAGAUAUAUAUUUACCAUACACUCCUCCUUCCUCAGAAAGCUGCCACGAUGGUUAUCAGCAUCAAGAAAAAAUGAGACAGAAGAUCAAAGAGGUAGAGGAAAAACAACCAGAAGUCAAAACAGGAUUUAUUGCUUCUUUCUUAGAUUUUCUGAAAUCUGGGCCCAAGCAGCAGUUUUCCACUCUUGCUGUACGAAUGCCUAACAGGACUAGACGACCAGGGACCCAGAUGGUUCGUACAUUUUGUCCCCCACCACUUCCAAAGCCUUCAUCUACAGCACCCACACCUUUCAUGUCUGAAACUGGCAGUAACAGUCCAUCAGAUAAAGUUGAUAACGAACUUAAAAACUUGGAACAUUUAUCUUCAUUUUCUUCUGAUGAAGAUGAUCCUGGAUGUGGUCAAGAUGCUUAUAAAAGCAUCUCUACUCCCCUAACUACUUUGGAUACUACUUCUGAUAAAAAGAAGAAAACAGAAGCCCUACAGGUGGCAACUACUAGCCCAACUGCCAAUACUACUGGUACUGCUACUACUUCCUCCACCACUGUGGGUGCAGUUAAGCAAGAACCUCUCCACUCUACUUCAUAUGCAGUAAACAUUCUGGAAAAUAUAAGCUCUUCAGAAUCCUCAAAGCCCACUGAACUUGAUGGUCUUCCUUCAGACCAGUUUGCAAAAGGACAGGACACUGUUGCCAUAGAAGGUUUUACAGAUGAGGAGAAUGAAGAAAGUGGAGGAGAAGGCCAAUACAGAGAGCGUGAUGAAUUUGUGGUAAAGAUAGAAGACAUAGAGACUUUUAAGGAGGCUUUAAAAACAGGAAAAGAACCUCCAGCUAUUUGGAAAGUACAAAAAGCUUUAUUACAGAAAUUUGUUCCUGAAAUUCGUGAUGGUCAAAGAGAAUUUGCUGCUACAAAUAGUUACCUUGGAUAUUUUGGAGAUGCAAAGAGUAAAUACAAAAGAAUAUAUGUGAAGUUCAUCGAAAAUGCAAACAAGAAGGAAUAUGUCAGGGUGUGUUCUAAAAAGCCAAGAAACAAACCUUCACAAGCUAUCAGAACUGUUCAAGCUAAGCCAAGUAGUGGCAGUAAAACUUCUGAUCCUCCAACAUCAAAAACUACAACUACAAAAGCCCCUUCCAUGAAACCCAAAGUUAAACAGCUAAAAGUAAAGGCUGAGCCACCACCAAAGAAACGUAAAAAAUGGAAAGAAGAAUUUUCAUCAUCCCAAUCUGACUCAUCUCCUGAGAUCCAUACUAGUAGUAGUGAUGAUGAGGAAUUUGAUCCUCCAGCUCCCUUUGUCACUCGCUUUUUGAACACAAGAGCAAUGAAGGAAACCUUUAAGAGCUACAUGGAAUUGCUUGUUAGCAUUGCCUUGGACCCUGACACAAUGCAAGCCUUAGAGAAGAGCAAUGAUGAGCUACUUUUACCUCAUAUGAAAAAAAUAGAUGGCAUGCUAAAUGAUAACCGAAAGAGACUUCUUUUGAAUCUUCAUUUGGAUCAAUCAUUCAAGAAUGCUUUGGAAAGUUUUCCUGAACUAACAAUAAUUACUCGAGAUUCUAAAGCAAAGAGUGGAGGAACUUCUAUUUCUAAAAUCAAAAUGAAUGGCAAAGCUUAUAAUAAGAAAACUCUAAGGACUUCUAAAACAACCACUAAAUCUGCACAAGAGUUUGCUGUCGAUCCAGAGAAAAUACAGUUGUAUUCUUUAUAUCAUUCACUCCAUCAUUAUAAAUAUCAUGUUUAUCUGAUAUGUAAGGAUGAGAUUUCUUCGGUGCAGAAAAAAAAUGAAGAUUUAGGACAGGAGGAAAUUGUUCAACUUUGUAUGAAAAAUGUAAAAUGGGUAGAGGACCUCUUUGAAAAAUUUGGAGAACUUCUAAAUCAUGUACAGCAGAAGUGUUCCUAACUUUUCCACAAAAGUCCCAUCUUUUUUAUAGCACUAAUGAAAUGGCAGAUACGGGGUGGUCAAAGAUAAUCAGCUAUCAAGUAGUGGUCUUCUGCAGGCCGGCCACUUCCAUCAUGGAACUGUCAUCGCCACCUCUGCUGAAGGACAGUGGUGCUGCCUUUAGGAAGGAAGUCAGUCGUCUGGAAAUGGACCUAAGUCCCACCACAUUUUUACCUAAUGAAUGAUUUUUCUAUUUUGUAAACCAUUGGGUAACUUGAGUUUUAUUUUCAGAAACAUUUUUUGACAAAUGAUGAAGCAUGCACUAAGUAUAAUUUUUCUUUAUUGCUAAAGAAAUAACACUUAAAGUAACGAGUAUUAUUUUUUGUUCUGACUCUGGCUAAAUACCAGAAUGACAGAGAAGUGGCAGAAAGCAUAUAUCUGUACUCACAUCUGGCCACAAAACCAGAAAUAUUGUACAUUAUGUAAACAGGUCUGCUGUGAUGUGACAUCCUGUAUAAGAAUAUCAUCAAUUUAAAAUAUAAAAUUUGGAAACUA